AUGUCACCAUGGCAACAGGCCACACGCACACCUGAAGCCUUUCCGGGCCGGCCUGUACCCGUUCCUUCCAUCAGGGCUCUCAUCGCCCUCUCGCCUGACCUUCAGGGCCUCAGUCCCCAGGGGGUGGUGCGGGAGAGACCCCCGGAGACACCGCCCCCGCAGAAGUCUGACCAGGCCUGGGCCUUGUUAGCUGCCUUUGAUAGUCCAGUCCUGGGGCGGAAAACCCUGCAUGCAGACAGCCAGAGGGUCAGCCAGGUCACCCCAAAAGUCAAGGAGCAGAAAUAUUUUCCAGACUCCCCUUCCCCAAGUGUCUUCUUCCCGUGGGCCGGGCCCGAGGCGGGGAUACGGAAGGAGAGGAGCCUGCAGGCAGAGCCCUGGCUCGGCCCGGCUGUUCUGCCCCCACAGGAGACAGAGAGGGGAAUCCAGGAUCCAGACAGCCAGGCAGCCGGACAGCUAGCGGGGCCGGGGGCUUGGGGGGCGGUGGAGCUAAGUGGUUUUCCAGCUGCAGCGGCUCUGGGAUGUGUCUCCCGCCCCCGCAGCGGGCUGGGCCCCUUCACAGGGGAGGAGAGUGGGCCUGCAGGACAGCUGAGGCCUCAGGGAAGGAGGGAGGCGCAGGACCUCGAGCCAAGCUGGAGGCUGAGAGGGAGGGAGGGGACAGAGACCGCCCUCUCCCCGGUCCGGGUCUGUGGGGAAUCCCGCGCCCAGCCGGGAUGCGGAUGGGCUGCGUCUCAGGCCGGGUCCCGGCUUCCUUCCCUUUGGCUCUGGCCGGCAGCCUGGCUUCCACCGCUUCCUCCCGCUGCCCGCCCUCUUCUCCCGGAAGCCUGUCCUCUCCCCUCUCCCCCCGGCACCCCUCCCAGCGGGCCAGCAGAGCCUGGCACCGGCUAUGCUACCCGGGAACCGGGCCAGGAGAGGCCCCUCUGCCCCUCCCCAGCCCCCCUGCCCCAGCCAGGGGCUCAGAGACCUCAUUCCAAACCUCAGCAGGCAUGGAGUCCCCUGCCGGGGGCCUGUUGGAGAGGGGAAGGAGUGGUCAGUGGCAGGGCUACAUGCGAGUUUCGGUGGCCCGGGGUUGACCAAGUCCACUGGGACUCGGGUCAGAGUUCACCUUCUUCCCACCCGCCUCUGUUGAUCGCACCAGGGCCCCUCUCAACUCCUCUGAGGCCGACUGUUCCCUGGCAGUGGUCAGGGAGAGGCGAGAGGGAGAAAUUGAAGGUGAGGAGGGGGCUUCCCCCGUGGUGACGUGAUGGCCUGGGGGUGAAAGGGGUCAGGCAGUGGCUCCUUCUGCCCUAGGGUUAAAGCAGUCAUGGUCAGAGGUCGGUCUUGGUAUACAGCCUGGCUGAAGGGCAAGGCCUAGUGCAUAGUAACUCCUGCAGGACCCCUGGGCCUGGGUCCCGAUGGUUGAGAGGGAGGUCCUUGGACCACCUUCCUUCUCCCCUUUCCAAUUCUGGGCUCAUCAACCUUAACCCAUCUUUGCCCUCAUGGGGACAGGGAGGGCCUGCAUGAAGCUUCAGGCCCAAAGAAGAAGUCUUUGCCCAGAUUCUCUUCACAUUUCUGUUUCCUGGGUCCAGUGUUGGGCACAAAAGAAAUACUAAUCAAGCACCACAAUUAUUAUUAUUAUUAUUAUUGCUGUUAUUUUGCUGCUGGGGGGCAGUACCACGUGGAAUUGUAACAGCCCUUUUCCAAUGCCGUGCAGACGUAAAGUUGCUGGGGAAGGGGGGGAGUUCCCACCGGUCACCCCAACAUUUGUUAGGUCCCUGAUCUUUGAGUCUGGCUUUCUUCCACGGUAGUCCUUCUCAAGAGGUUUGGCAAAUGGUACUGCAGAUUUCUCGAGAGUUUUGCUGAUCCAUGGCUCAGUUGUUAUGAUUCGAAAUGGAAACCUUUAUGUGUGUGUGCGUAUGUAUGUGUGUCGUGUGAGUGACAGGUCUUCCGAAGGACUUCGUCGUGUCUCCCACUUGCAUCUUGACCUUUGUUCCUCGUGCUCUCUUGCAGGCCAACUGGGGCUUCUUCUCUUCAGCAUCUCAUCACCACUGAAGCCAAAUCAAGCAGCUCUGAAACAGACAUCUCACCAUGCACUGCUGGCUUUUUCCAGUUUCCCCGCCCCUCCCACCCCCUUCUCUUGUUUGCUUUAAUACCAACACAUGAUAAUUAUCUGGCGAUUAACCAUGGAAAGGAAUAGUCCAUAUGAUACAA